AUGGAUCGGGUUGUUUUGUUGAUCGUCGGGCUUUUUAUUGCCUGUGUCGCGACUGCGACACCUGUAACGUCCACCUUCGACAAGGAGAAUCCGAUCAGGCAAGUUGUUGAUGGCCUGCACGAGAUCGAGAAUUCUAUCAUCCAAAUCGCCGGUGACUGCUACCGUGCCCGCACCUUUGCUCGCUUUGUUCAUCGGUUUGGGAAGAGGUACGAGAGUACUGAAGAGAUGAAGAGGAGGUAUGAAAUAUUUUCUGAGAAUUUGAAGAUGAUCAGAUCGCACAACAAGAAGGGACUUUCUUAUACUCUUGGUGUCAACGAGUUUGCUGAUUUGACAUGGGACGAGUUCCGUAGGCACAAGUUAGGAGCUGCUCAAAACUGCUCUGCUACCACAAGAGGCAAUCACAAGCUCACUGAUGUUCUUCUUCCUGAAAUGAAAGACUGGAGGAAAUCUGGAAUAGUGAGCCCAGUUAAAAAUCAAGGUCAUUGUGGAUCCUGCUGGACAUUCAGCACUACUGGAGCCCUUGAGGCAGCUUAUGCGCAGGCAUUCGGAAAGGGUAUAUCCCUGUCUGAACAGCAGCUUGUGGACUGUGCUGGUGCAUUCAAUAACUUUGGCUGCAAUGGUGGUCUUCCAUCUCAAGCCUUUGAGUACAUUAAAUAUAAUGGUGGACUUGAAACUGAGGCUUCAUAUCCAUACACUGGAAAGGAUGGUGUGUGCAAAUACUCAUCUGAAAAUAAUGCCAUCGAAGUUCUUGACUCUGUCAAUAUCACCCUAGGCGCUGAAUAUGAAUUAAAGCAUGCAGUAGGAACUGUUCGGCCAGUAAGUGUGGCUUUUGAGGUGGUAAAUGGUUUUCGAUUGUAUAAAAAGGGAGUUUACACCAGCACCAAAUGUGGCAAAAGCCCAAUGGACGUGAACCAUGCUGUUCUUGCCGUUGGUUAUGGAGUUGAAAAUGGUGUCCCGUACUGGCUCAUUAAGAACUCAUGGGGAGCUGACUGGGGUGACAAUGGCUACUUUAAAAUGGAGAUGGGGAAGAACAUGUGCGGUGUUGCAACUUGUGCAUCAUACCCUAUAGUUUCUUAA